UUGAAACAUUUCAUAGAUUUUUCAUUAUGUCUAAAACUCAUAAUAUUAUGAUCCAUAGAUAAGCUAAAAUGUGAUUUAUCUAUGGUAUAGUGUAAACGAAUGUUCGAGAUUAACAUUUGCACGCCGCAUUAAAUGUCAACUAGGUCUAGUGCGAUGUAUAUUGAUUUUUGAAGUCUUAUAACCUCUAUCGUUUGUCAUGUUUUAUUUCUAUUUAAAUCAUUUCAUUUGAAAGUUGGUUAAAUCGAAAGUGAAUUGACAUGAGAUAAAAACAAAAAGGUAUUUAUAUGCUUUCAGACAAACAAAACAAGACAUGAAAAUUGUGACGAGUCUUAGUUAACCAGCAAUAGAACAGAAAAUGUACGGUUGGGGAAGUACCAUUAAUGGAGAAUUGGGUUUGGGUGGUGUAGAAGAGGAGCAUAUUUUAGCACCAACAAAUUUAGAUUGGUAUUUAGCUAAUACUGUGGUGAAAGCUGCUUUGGGUAACUAUCACACACUUCUCCUUACUAAAGAUGGAAAAGUGUAUUCUUGUGGUAGCAAUGAUUACGGACAACUGGGACAUAAUCAAACUAGGAAGAGGCCACGUAUGUCUUUAUUUAAACCUGUGUCUGCUCUCGAUGCACAUCAUAUAAUAGAUGUUAAAUGUGGUUCCCUACAUUCUAUGGCCUUGAAUCAAUGGGGUCAAGUGUUUUCAUGGGGCUCAAAUUUUUGUGGGCAGCUUGGACAUGGUACUGAACAAGAUCAAUACGAAAUUCCGAAACCUAUAAAGGCUCUAGCAUCCUACAAUAUUGUUCAGAUACAUUGUGGACAAAGACAUUCUAUAGCAUUAGCUAGUAGUGGAGAAAUAUUAACAUGGGGUGCAAACAAUUUUGGGCAAUUGGGCUUAGGAUUCACAUCUCAGGUAGAAAAUAUACCAAGACUGUUGACUUCGUUACAAGGAGUUCCAAUACAUUUAGUAACUUGUGGUGCUAAUCACACUUUCGCUCUCUCCAAAUCUGGUGCUGUAUAUGGUUGGGGAAAAAAUACCUGUGGUCAGUUAGGACUCAAUUGUGUAGACAAUAAAAUAUUUCCUGCCCAGCUUCGGACACUUAGGAAUAUUAGAGUUAGGUAUAUAGCGUGUGGAGACGAAUUUUCCAUGUUUUUAACAUUAGAUGGGGGUGUUUUGACAUGUGGAGCUGGUAUGUUUGGUCAACUUGGACAUGGAUCCGUUUCUAACGAAAUUUUACCAAGACAGAUUAUAGAAUUAAUGGGCUCUACCAUAACCCAAAUAGCAUGUGGUAAACAGCAUUCGUUAGCUCUUGUACCAUCUCGUGGUAGAGUUUAUAGUUUUGGUAUAGGUGGUUGCGGACAAUUAGGUUUAAGGAAAACCACGAGUGCCUUAACCCCUCAGGUGGUUUUAGGGCCUUGGGUGUCUCCCAGCGGUAUGUCUCUGGUUCCAAUGAGUAAUGAUGUUAAAAAUUUGGUCAUUCAUAAAAUUUUUGCCGGUGGUCACCAUUGCUUUGUAUCUGUGAUAAAAAAAGAUAGCAAAGUGCCUCCAUUUGAUUUACGUGAUUUAGAUCCUGCAACUCAAAUAAUUACUCUUACUUUUGAUUAUUUAAAAAAUAUCUUAAGGAUAUCUGCUAAAGCCACAGUUGAUCAUGAUGUAUGGACACACUUAGAAACUGCAUUUAAAAGUUUGGCGUGUAUAAAUGGUUCAUUUUUAUUAGAAAAUGAUGCACAUUACUAUUGUAGCAGUAAACAUCACGGAGUUGAUAUGGAGACCACCGAAGCUGCCUUUUCAUUGAUAGGAAAAAUCGAGAAUAAGAGUAUUACAGAUUUGAUAUGGAAUAGUAUAAUAGACAAUAUAAUCCCAAGUUUGAAAUCAUCUCCUCCAGAUGUGGAGGCUCUUAGGAUAUAUCUCACUUUACCACUGUACCACGAAUUUAAUAACCCCAAACAGCACCUACAGUUACAUAAACCUUUCGCAAAUGCUGUACUUCAGUUAGUGACACCAGCUUCCAAGGUAGUGUCUGGUUGGUUGAGAAUGAUGACCAUUGAUUACUUUGAGCGUUUAGUGAAUAUAUUCAAAUCAGUGGCGAGCUUUAUUUUAAGGAAUCAACAAAUACCAGAAGGAAGAACUGCUUUUUAUGAUCCUAGUCUUGUGGCUAUGUUGGACUUGCUCACCUUCUUAAACAAAGUUAAUCAUAGUGUAGAAGGUUUGAAAGUACCCUAUGAUACUUUCCAUAUGAAUGAUCUUUCAGAAUACUUAGAUGUGAAAUUAGACUACGUUUAUUGGCUUCAGGAUAAAGGGACAGGACGACUUUUUCUAUGUAACUAUUCAUUUGUUUUUGAUGCCAAUGCCAAAUUACAAUUAUUAGAAACUGAUCAAGCCAUGCAGAUGCAAAAAGCAAUGUCAGAAGCCGCCGAAAGAGCAGUUAUUGCGAUGUUAUUGGCCCCACAGACUAGACAUGCUAUUAACAGUUAUUUAGUAUUGAAUGUAACAAGAGAGAAUAUUGUCGACGACGCUCUAAGAGAGCUUAGUGAGGUCGACCCUCACGAUCUAAAAAAACCUUUGAGAGUGAAAUUUGCUGGCGAAGAGGCUGAAGAUGCGGGAGGCGUUACCAAAGAGUUCUUUUUAUUAUUACUAAGGCAAAUUUUAGAUCCAAAAUAUGGAAUGUUUCAAGAAUAUGAAGAAACUAGAGCUAUAUGGUUUUCUGAAACUAGUUUCGAAGAUAAUUCUGUAUACUUUCUUAUAGGAAUGAUUCUAGGUCUGGCUAUAUACAAUUUUACCAUAAUAGACAUUCCUUUUCCAUUAGCCCUAUAUAAAAAAUUACUAGGAGAACCAAUUGGACUUGCUGAUCUCAAGGGAUUAUCACCUACACUAGCGAAUUCGCUGCAGAGCCUUCUAGAUUAUAAAGAAGAUGAUUUGCAAGACGUUUUUUCUCUGUAUUUUGAUUUGACCAGAAACAUUUUCGGUCAAACAGAAACUAAACUCUUAAAACCUGGUGGAUCAGAUAUUCCAGUAACUCAAGAAAACAAGCAUGAAUAUGUUGAUCUAUACGUAAAUUAUAUUUUCAAUGAAAGUGUAAAAGAUCAGUAUGAAGCAUUCCAUAAAGGUUUCAUGAACGUCUGUGAGGGUAGAGUACUGAAACUAUUUCAUUCUCAUGAGUUGAUGGCAGUAGUCAUUGGUAAUGAAAACUAUGAUUGGCAUGCUUUAGAAGAAGUCGCUGAAUAUAAAAAUGGAUAUAAAUCUUCUGAUAAAACCAUCAGAUGGUUUUGGGAGGUUAUCCAUGAAAUGUCAUUAGCAGAUAAGAAAAAAUUUCUAUUGUUCCUGACUGGUAGUUACAGAAUUCCGAUUCAAGGAAUGAAAGGAAUAAAGAUUUAUAUCCAACCCACAAAUGACGAGAAGUUCUUACCAGUAGCUCAUACAUGUUUCAACUUAUUAGAUUUGCCAAGAUAUAAAACAAAGGAACGCCUCAAGUACAAACUAAUGCAAGCAAUUCAACAAACUGAGGGUUUUUCUCUAGUUUAAUUUCACGUUUAACAUUAAACUAUAAAAAAAUGGAAAGCAGCAUUUUUUAAAAUGAUCCAAUUAAAUAAAAUCAUUUAAAUUAUAUCCAAUAAUCAUUUGAUAACAGUUACUAGCUUUUUCACAAAUUUCAAAAAACACAAAGAACUAGUGAAUUUGUAAUAGAUGUUGUCACAGAACUGAUGUAUGAAAUUUGUGUCUCGAUUAUUAAUUUGAAUUGGCAACUUUUCAAACAUAUCAGUCAACUGAUUCAUACAAGCCCUUUUUUCUUGUAAUAUGUUACUUCUUGAAUUUUUCUAAUGUUCCUCUGUCGUUAAAUGUUUAUUGGAUGCAAGUUGUUUCAUGUGUCAGAAUCGGUUGAAUUGUACUUUUUUCCUGGAUCUUAAAUACUGUAUAAGGAGCUAAUACCAUCUAUGACAACAGAAAUGCCCAAUUUUGUAAGUAUUUAUGCAUAUAUAGACGCUCAAUCAAUCAAUAGACGCUCAUUUGAGUGGGCUCUUGUUGACAAAGCAGAUUUUUCUGCUUCCAUUAUUUGUAUUCCAUUCAUCAUAUAAUAAUAUUUGGAAAAGAAAAUAAAAACUUAUUCGCUCAAAAUUAUAUUGAUAUGUUUUUAGAAUACCUUAAAAUAACUUCAAAUCACUUUCAAAUUUAUUUAUUUGGAUUGUUAGAAAUAACUCAUGCAUGAAUCGUUAUAUCAAUACUUUUUUUUAUUAUUAAGAGUACCCUGAAAUUUUUGUUAAAUAAGAACCAAGCAAACUCUGAAUAUGGAAAUAAAACUAUUCUAUUUUUUAAAAAGACUAUAGUAUUGUUUUGUAUCCGAGAAUACAUAUGCAUUAUAAACAACCAACAGUUUUGAAGUAAUUUGUAAAUAAUAUUCAAAAACAGUCAACUCAAUAGAACUGAAAAUUGGUAUUAUCCUCUUAGAGCUGACCAUGCCCAUCUUGAUUCGGGAAAACAAUAAUAUUUGAAAAGCAAAAAUUCAAAUAGAAUAUUAUCCUUUUUUCAUUUUAUUGAGAAAAUGAGGCUUUUGUCUUAAGAGGUAAUGAGCAGGUGGAAUACUUAUUUGUUCCACGUGAAACGUAUUAAUGGAAUUAAAUAAGAUAGGAUAGUAUCUGAAAUAAGACAAAUUCUGUUUUUUAAACUAGCUAUCUCUAACAAAAUGAAAAAAAGUUUUUUUUAAUUUAUAAUGCGGAUAAUAACCUUUUUGAAACAGGAUUAUACUCUAUUUGAUUGUAAUAAAAAAGAACCUACAGAAGUAAACCUGAAUUUUAUCCAUAAAUCUAACAAACGAUAUAAGAGAUCAAGCAAAAGAAACUAAACAACUAGUCCUCCAUCCUCCUCAUUACAGUCACAGUCUUGUGAAUCAUCCUCACAUUCGGUAUGGAAAAUUUCACUUGGUUCAUUGACCAGGAAAAUAACAGCAACGUCUGUGAAUUUUUAAUUUAAUUUAAUUUAAUUCCUGGGAAUAGGUAAACUAUUCAAAUUUUUUUGAACUAACGUCAUGUCGAUAGUUUGACUGUUUUUAUUCUAACCAAGCCCAGUCUGUCUUCUAAAAAUUAUCCGCUUUUAUAUCUAUAAACUUUAUACAGUGCUUUGCAAUCUUGAAUCAACCAAUCUUCACUAAGUAGUUUUACUGUACCAAUUUCAUCGUAGAUUUUUAUAUAUUCUUGAACAUUAAGCAGUGUUUCAUACUUUUUUAGUCAUUUUUUAAGUCUUUCAAAGACCCUAUCAGCUAGUAAAAUUGAGUGCCCUCUUACUGGGAAGGUUACUCUUAUUUCUUGAAGAGAAAGAGUGGCAUCAUUCAUCAGCCAUAGAGCUAAUGAAUACAUUACUUAAGAAUUUUUAUUUUGGCCCGCAUAUCCGUCGGUAAAUAAACGAGGAACUCUACAGCCAGGAUUUAUAUUACUUCCUAGAAGUGAGUUUCUUGAUCGGUUAUGCGGAAAUUACAAAAGGAUAAUUGUCUUAACUAAUAAGCUUCACCAAUUGGCAAUUUGGGAAGAUUUUGCACUUGUUGGAGAUCGAAACAAAACACCUGUGAGUCCGAUUCUUUUCGCUUCAUUAAUAUAUAAAAUUGUUUUGCCCUUAAUUUGUGAAUACGCAAUUUAGUUAAAAUAGUAAUUUUCUUGGUAGGAUUACAAUAUUUGAGCUAAUUUUUUUUCAAAAGCAAAAACUGCAUACAUCUGAAGCUUGGCAUUCGAAAGCUAUGUUGAAGUUUUUUGAAAAUGUUAAUAAAAUCUGUAUAGAACCUUCCCAUCUUAGUCAAUUGCGGAAUUGUAUGUUUUCCAAAGCCUCGUGAUAUUGAACUUGAGGGUAAAUAGAGUCUCCUUGUCUAUUAUAGUGGCUCACCUAUAAAUUCAAUCACUCUAUUCCGUUCUCUAUUUGCUUUAAUAUCCUUUUCCUAAUAUUACAGUAGGUGUAAUUGUAUGCAGUCGUUUCAAGAAAUUCAGAAAGAUUUUAAAAUCAUUUUUUGUCACAUUUUAUAGGUGUCAUCUUAGAGGAGCCCUGACUCUACAAAAAUAAGAUACUUUGCGAUCUUAAACGAUCUUUUUCGUGCAGCAAUAAUGUCUUGGUUAGGUUACAUACAUUUAUAUGUUGGUCCGUCAUGUUUACAUGGUCUCUUAAAAUUUUCUAAAUUAGGAAAAUGAUCCAGAUAUCUAAAAUAACACGGUAACUAACUUCUUAACUUUGAUUAAACACAUUAAUUAAUGACCUACCUCAAUUGCUUUGUUUUUUUGUCAUUUUUUAACAUUUCUACAUCUCUUUCUGUUACCCUGAUUAGCAUUACUGACAACAACUUCUUCAAAAUCCAAACUUGCCACUCAAAAAAUAAAUAUAUUUCACUAAAUCCGCUAGAAAACAAGUUGUGAACAACACUGGAGUGAUAAACAUACGUUUGUGAAUAAAAAUCUUUUUGAACCUGCAUCCGAUUUCUGAUUGGAAAAACAAAGGUAAAUUAAGUUCGGUCUGAACCAAAUUGCACGUGUGAAUAAAAUUUCAUGAAAUAUUUUUAUGAAUAAUAAUUAAUCUGAACUAAAAGCGACAUUUUAACAUAGAUUUUAGAGGGGAUAAAGAACAAUUUGAAUGAUUUGCCGAAGUUGAUUAAAUUGAAAUGCAACUUAGGUAUGUAUCGCCAUCUGGAAGAGGAAACUAUAAAUUUUGGAUAAUGAUCUUUUUUGUUCGUCAUUUGUCCAAUGGAGAUAAGAAAUAUUGCCCUAACUAUCCUACUACCUCUUAUUUCAAAUGUGUACAACUUAUUCAAUUACUUUUUUCUCUACAAAAAAAAGGAGCUUACAAUUGUGUGAGUAUUAUUUCUCAAGUAGUAGUACUCUCUCCUUAUUUAUCACAAUAAAUCUGUGUAAAUUCUCUAUUUUUUUUUUUUGGAAGUUUCUUCGAAAGGCAAAUGUAGCUGAUUGGUUAUGCACAUCAGCCUUUGUUAAAAUAAAAAAUGUCAUAAUUGCUUGUGUUACUUAAAAUACUACAUUUAGGUUCUGAGGUAAAUAAUUUUUGAAAAUAAAUUACUAUCUCUUCGAUUUUGUUCAUCAUCAUGUAAAUCUUUUUCUUUUACUCUCGAGAGAACCAUUUGUAUUCCAAUCAGCAUCAUUAUUAAGCUUCGAUGUUCUAAAUCUCUAAAUCCUUUUCUUCAGUAUGUCCAAUUAUAUUUCUUACCUAUUCCAUAUCUAUGGCUUUCAAUAAAGUCUCUUGUUUCACUUCUAUUGCACAGUAUUCUUCCAUUAAGAUUUUGAUUGUAAUAUUGAAUUAGCUAUCGUUUCCGUUUUACUUUUCACUGUAUACUAUGAUUUCCAUUUUCCAAUAUAAAUUUAUUUUGUUAGUGAUCGUAUUAGGUCCAUAAAUUACUUCAAAGUUGUUUUAUUUACCUAUUCUAUUCAAUAUGCUACUUCGUCUUAAACCAAAAUUGAUAAAAAAUACAAUAAUCUGAGAUAUAUUUUCAUAAUUAUAAGAAAUACUCUCUUUAAUAUUAUAUAAUUUUUGGUCUCAAUAAUUUUAUUUAUUGCACGAUGGCAACCCCAUAUUUAUAAUUUAGAACAAUAAAAAAUUGAUUAUUGUUUUAUAUUUUAUCUUGAUGACAAUUAUUUGAUGAUGCCUACAAUUUACCUAUUUAAUGAUUGUGAUGUGAAACUUUAUACUUGUUGAAAAUUGAUCAUUAAAUUUUUUAUAUUUC